AACGAUAGCACGACAGGCAAAUCGUGGGAUCUCUCCCGAAAUAUCCAACAGAAACAUUCUUCUCCUCCUCCUUGGUUCGAAGCGACGAAGCUGCAGGCCCCCUGCGGAGUCUCCAAACGCCUGCCCGCCUCCGCCCCUAUCCGAAGACCUCCUGCUUUCUAACCGCUCCGCCCGUGGAUCUGGGCGGCGACGACGAUGGAGGAGCAGCGGUCGCUGUUCGACGAGGUAGAGCAAUGUGUCACAUCCAUAUCAGAAGAUCAUGAAUCCACAUGUUGGGGCUGUGGGCUCCGGCUUGUUUUUGCAAGUUAUGCACCUGUUUAGAAGUGUGGCUGGUGCGGAGCAAUUACACAAAGCAACCAACCUGCAAGAAAACCUGAUAGCGUAUGCUUUUCCCGCUGGAGGCGUUUACGGGAUAGCUUCUUUGUGACUGUGCUCCUCCUCUUCAUGCUCUUUGUUAUAUGUGGUGGGGUCUGGGCGGUAUAUCCUAUUGUUUUCUCAGUCAGCAAGUUUUGUGGUAUCUUUCACUGCAUGGUAACAGUUCUCUUGGCUGUAUUUACCAUUACAAGUUAUUGUUUGUCCUCUUUUAAAUCUGCUGGUGCACCAACAAACAUACGGUGGGGCAGCUAUCCCAUGGUUGGGAAAAAUGAUCUUGAGAACUAUACAUUCUGUACAUACUGUAAUAAACCAAAGCCCCCGAGAGCACAUCACUGCCGAUCUUGUAAAAUGUGUGUGGUGGACAUGGAUCAUCAUUGCCCAUUUAUUGGCAACUGUGUUGGAGCAUCAAAUCACCAAGCUUUUGUCAUUUUUCUUAUCUCUGUGGUCAUUAGUUGCACUUAUGCUGCUGUGAUGACCAUAUAUGCGAGUUAUCAGAUAUGGCCCUCUGUCAAUUUCCCAAAUCUAGCAGCAUCUUGGCAUUCAAUGAAUUCUAUGAAAAUAUUGAUGGAGAUUAUUACUACCUUAGCAGGCUCCGCAUUCUUCUUGUCGGCAAGGGGUCUAGUUCUGGUAUAUCUAGCGUUUGCUACUCUAUCAGUUAAUGCUGGUAUAGGUGUAUUGCUGUGUCAGCAGCUUAGUUACAUAUAUGGAGGAAAUACAUAUCUCAACCAUUUAAUUUCACCAAAUGCCAUGCAUGGAGCGAAAGGGUUGCAAAACCUUGUUAGCUUUCUGGGUUGCCCCUACUCAAUUUCCAGAGUUUUGUUGCGGUAUUCGAACACUGGCAAGUUGCAGGACAAUUCAGGCUCAAAACUUCUUUAGAGGAUCAGGCUUAGGAGGUGCAUCGUCCUGCCUCUUACUCUCAAAGCUUUCAACAACAAAGGUGAUUUCCUUACCCAUUUUGUUGACGAAAAUCUCAAUAGUAGGUAUUAUCUUCAAAGGAUCUCUACAAUUAACUUUCACUCUGACUGGAU